GCUUUUACGAGACGGACACGCGCGCGCGCAAAAAGCAAUACACUGUGUUAAGCCUAGCUUGCUAUGCUACAAUGAAGUCCUACCAAACAGUUUCGUUCACGCUAUGUCUUCUGCUGGUAGCAGUGGCCGAUGGUCAGUGGUCCCGCCGAUAUACGACCAGCUACACACCGUUGGUACGCAAGACAACGCGGAAUUUCGCGUCGCGGCUAGGAGCCGACACGGGCCCAACGACGGUCGCUCCGGUCCGCACUCCCAAGCCACGCACCAGCUUCGCCCAGCCACCGCAGAAUGAUCCGCGGGUAGCGCAGUCGGUGGUGGAUUUCAUGAUACGGCUCAGCAACACGAUGGUGCAGCAGCAGAGCAAAGCGGAGCUGUUCUCGCCACUCAGCGUCUCCAUGGUGGCCCACCUGUUGUACCUCGGCUCGAAGGGGGCCACGCAUGCCGAGUUCAGCAAGGUACUCAUACCGCCGGGCAUGGAAUGGAAGCAGCUACACCGCAGCUACGGAGGAGUGCUGGCUAACCUGAUGUCACCGACACCGAUCGAUGCGCUGCAGGAACCGUGGCGCCGCCAGACCUGCCCGAAGGAGGACGAUUACGAUUACGCAGACGAACGAUCAACUCCGACCCCAAAAUCUCAAAUCAAUCGGGUGGCCAACGGCAUAUUCUACCAAACCGGGCUACCGAUUCAUCAGCAGUACGUGAGGUUGGCGCGUGAAAUCUACGGCGCGCUGGUGCAUCCAUUGGACCUGAACGCGGACGACGCACCCGCGACCAUCAACCAAUGGGUGAGCCACAUGACCGCUGGCAGGAUCAACAAAAUGAUCGAGGGCCCGCUAGGUGGCAACUCCGGGAUGGUGGUCGCGAACGCGCUCUACUUUAAGGCCAAGUGGAGGAAUCAGUUCGACGGGCUGUCAACGCGCGACGGUCCCUUCUUCCCGGACGGUUUCGACGGUCCGUCGUACCGCGUGAAGCUGAUGACUCUCAGUGCCUGCUUACCGUUCCACCGGACCCGCGAUGCGGCGGAUGUGACGAUUCUGGGACUUCCGUACCGCGACGACACCACCACCAUGUAUCUGAUCCAACCGGCAAACUCGAGCCGGGCGGCGAUUCGACGGCUUCAGGCUACGCUCAAUGGAAAAACGCUCGACACGCUGAUCGGCCGCAUGAAGCUGCAGAAGACGAGCGUCCGACUGCCGAAGAUGCACCUGCGGAGUAGUGUCGAUCUGACCCAGUCCUUCCAGCGGCUCGGUUUCAAUUCGAUCUUCAGCCCCGCCAAGAGCGAUCUGACGAACAUGUUUCCGGCGGGCAACGGUGGCCAGAAACCGUACGUCAACCAGAUCAUACACAAGUUGGACCUCUCGGUUGAUGAGGAAGGAACCGAAGGGGCCGCUGCUACGGCUGCGCUUAUCGAUCGUAUCGGAUCGCCAGCGUUUUUCAAUGGCAACACACCGUUCCUGCUGUACGUGAGACACGAUUCCACCGGACUGCCGCUGUUUUACGGCCCUGUGUUUGAUCCCCGAUAAAGCAUCGGUUGGCGUGGAAGAGUGGUGCGAAACUGAUUACCGAAGUAUUCCCAGGACUCUCGCCAGUCCUUUAGUGUUAGACCAAAGAGUCGUAUGUGUUAGGGUUACGUGCUAGCUUUCUAUGCCUAUUUAUUCUCACCAAACACCGGAACUGGAAGGCGCGAUCUGGUAGUGUAGUGGCUGCAAAAUUGUAACUUAUAAAUUGACGGUAUUAGCUAGUUUAAGUGAGAUGAAUCUUGUAAGACAGGUACUGUUUGUAUUUAGGACCAGGUUACAAUGGAAUAUCCAUUGGGUAAAAUCGUUCUCGAAGU